CUGGGGUCAAAUCGGCUGUAGUAAUUGACUCUCAGGGCACCCGCUGCCGGGUCCCAGUCCACCUUUGCUACUUGUCCUCCUCCCAGCCCUCGGGCGCUAGGCUCGGGGGCGUGGCGCAUCCCUGACUCCGCCCUCGCCGCGGGGCCUCUGGGGCCUGGUCGCCAUGGCGACGGGUUGUACACUACCACAGCUUCCCAGGCCGCGGGUGCUGAUUGCCCGCCUGCCCGUGGGUCAUGGCCUGCCAGCAGUCGCGGUGCCACAGCUUCUCGUCCGCGUCGAGAUGCCUGUAAUCCCAGCUACUCGGGAUGCUGAGGCAGAAAAUGGCUUGAACCUGCGAGAUGGAGGUUGCAGGGGGCCGAGAUGGCACCACUGCACUCCAGCCUGGGUGACAAGAUUACAGCCACAGCCUUCAGGAGUGACCAUAAACGAAUCCUUUCUCACAGAAGACAAGAACACCCAGAAUUGCAAGCUUCUUCAGAAACGAAGGACACUGGUUAGUGAUAAACUCGCCUCUGCCCACAGACAUCCCUCCCCUGCAGCUCAGCAUUCUGCAGCGGACCUCACUUCUCAUCCCUCCUGCCAACACACCAGGCACUGUGCUACCUGCUGGGACGGUCAUACCAGAUCUGCCAAGACUGGUCAGUUCUCCAUGGGUGGGCACCUGUCCCCAUGGCCCACAUACACCAGUGGCCAGACCAUUUUGCAAAAUCGAAAACCCUGUUCAGAUGACUACUGGAAGCGAGUAGGGAGCUGCCAGCAGCACCCCUUUCGCACUGCCAAGCCCCGGUACUUGGAGGAACUGGAAAACUACCUACGCAAGGAGCUCCUCCUGCUGGAUCUGGGCACAGAUUCCACCCAGGAAAUAAGGCUGCAGCCUUACAGAGAGAUCUUUGAGUUCUUCAUAGAGGACUUCAAAACGUACAAGCCAUUACUAUCCUCCAUCAAGAAUGCAUAUGAGGGGAUGCUGGCCCACCAAAGGGAGAAGAUUCGGGCUCUAGAGCCCCUGAGGGCCAAGCUUGUCACUGUGAAUGAGGACUGCAAUGAGAGGAUCCUGGCCAUGAGAGCUGAGGAGAAGCAUGAAAUCUCCCUGCUCAAGAAAGAGAAGAUGAACUUGCUAAAACUCAUCGACAAAAAUAAUGAGGAGAAGAUUUCAUUGCAGAGUGAGGUGACCAAACUGAGGAAGAACUUGGCUGAGGAAUACCUGCACUACCUCAGUGAGCGAGAUGCCCGCAAGAUCCUCAUCGCAGACCUGAAUGAGCUGCGGUACCAGCGGGAGGACAUGUCAUUAGCCCAGUCGCCAGGCAUCUGGGGGGAGGACCCGGUGAAGUUAACCCUGGCUCUUAAGAUGACCCGGCAAGACCUGACCCGCACACAGAUGGAACUCAACACCAUGAAGGCCAACUUUGGAGAUGUGGUCCCCAGGAGGGACUUUGAAAUGCAGGAAAAGACCAACAAGGAUCUUCAGGAGCAGGGCCAAUGUCCUUGCCCACAGCUGGACACCCUGAGAGCCAGCUACGAGGAGGUUCGCAAGGAACAUGAGAUCCUGAUGCAGCUGCAUAUGAGCAUGCUGAAGGAGCGGGACCAAUUCUUCUCUGAGCUGCAGGAGAUCCAGCGCACUUCCACGCCGCGGCCUGACUGGACCAAGUGCGAAGAUGUGGUGGCUGGGGGCCCAGAGCGCUGGCAGAUGCUGGCUGAGGGCAAGAACAGCGACCAGCUGGUGGACGUGCUCCUGGAAGAGAUUGGCUCGGGGCUGCUGCGGGAAAAAGACUUCUUCCCUGGUCUGGGCUAUGGGGAAGCCAUCCCUGCUUUUCUUCGGUUUCAUGGCCUUGUGGAGAACAAGAAGCCAAGCAAGAAGGACGUGGUCAACCUCCUCAAGGAUGCCUGGAAGGAACGUCUUGCUGAGGAGCAGAAAGAGACGUUCCCAGAUUUCUUCUUCAAUUUCCUGGAGCAUCGCUUUGGGCCCAGUGAUGCCAUGGCCUGGGCUUACACUAUUUUUGAAAAUAUCAAGAUCUUCCACUCCAACGAGGUUAUGAGUCAGUUCUAUGCAGUCUUGAUGGGAAAGCAGAGUGAGAAUGUGUAUGUCACCCAGAAGGAGACAGUAGCCCAGCUGCUGAAGGAAAUGACAAAUGCUGACAGUCAGAACGAGGGGCUACUAACCAUGGAGCAGUUCAACACUGUCCUCAAGAGUACCUUCCCUCUCAAGACAGAAGAGCAAAUCCAGGAGCUGAUGGAGGCAGGGGGCUGGCAUCCCAGCAGCAGCAAUGCAGACUUGCUUAACUACCACUCACUGUUUAUGGAGGAUGAGGAGGGCCAGAGUGAGCCCUUUGUGCAAAAACUCUGGGAACAAUACAUGGAUGAGAAGGAUGAGUACUUACAGCAGCUAAAGCAGGAGCUGGGCAUAGAACUCCAUGAGGAAGUGACUCUGCCCAAGCUGCGAGGGGCCCUGAUGACCAUCGACCCCAGCCUGGACAAGCAGACUGUGAACACCUAUGUGAGCCAGGCCUUCCAGCUCCCUGAGUUGGAAAUGCCAGAGGAGGGUGACGAGAAGGAAGAAGGCGUGGUGGAAAUCCUCCAGAUUGUCCUGGAGCGGCUUCAGGUGAUUGACAUCAGGCGUGUGGGACCUCGAGAGCCAGAGCCUGCAAGCUAGGAACCUGUGGGCAGCCUGCAUGCUCCAGUCCUGCUAACCCCUAGCUUUUAGUAUAAAAGUGUUUGUCUGAACCCAUGCCAUUCUCCAGACUGUGCUGGGGAGUUGUGGGGGGGAAUCAGUCCCUGCCUGGCUGGCCCCAGAACAUGCA